CAGCACAGCCUUGAAGCUGACCUUUGAGGUGUGCCCGGAAAUGAGGAAACACAUGGAGAUCCUUCCAAAGACGGGUUUCAUCCAAGCUCAAUCGAGAUUCAACGCACAACUCAAGUUCCUGCCGAGGAUCUCCUUAUCCAAAGAUGCCAUGGAGCUUUUUGACGAAGAUACAGGAGUCCUAGAGGUUCCGCUAACAGUGCUAGUAGCAGGCCAGGUGAAGCCGGUCCCUUUCACCAUGCAGGCCGUGGUGACCUGCUCAGAGCUGCUCUUUGACCGGGCCCAGGUGGACUUUGGCUUCUGCUCCGUUAACCAGUCGGUGAGGAGCAGCGUCCGCCUCACCAACACCUCCCUGCUGCCCCAGGACUUUGGCUUUUUGGGCGUUCCAGACUUCAUGGAGGUCCAGCCCAACGAUGGCUUCGGCACUCUGCUCCCACAAGAGACUCUGGAGGUUGAUCUGAUCUUCAGCGCCAACAAGGCCAAGGAGUACAGCUUCCAGCUCCACUGCAAAUCAGGAAUAAACAGAGAUUUCCCCCUCACUUGCCAGGCAGUGGGGGUCCGCCCUCCGUUGCAGCUCUCCCACUCUCUGGUGCAGUUUGGGGCCACAGCAGUAGGGGACCGCUCCACUGCCAUGCUCUACCUGACCAACCAUCAAACCAACCAUCAAACCAUCAAUCACCAGAACCAACAACCAGCCCCUCCAGUAACCAAGGACACCAUGGCUCCCCCCAGACUGUUCUCCUUCAGCCUGCCCCAGCCUUCAGACCUCAGCAUCACCCCCAGCGCGGGCCGCCUGCUGCCUGGAGAGAGAUGCUUGAUCCAGGUGACGUUCAGACCCAGACUGUUAGACGAGGACAUCAGAGAGGAGGCGCUGCGUCUCUUCCUCCGAGCCAAGCUGCUACGUGAGAAGGAGCUGGAGAGGAGCAGACAAGCUGAACUGGAGGCUAAAAAGGAUCUCCCAGUGGAGACCAGUAAAGGGAAGAAGGCCCCAGUGAUUCCAAAGAACAGUAAGGUGUCAGACGUUCCACAGACCGAACUACUAACUGAAUUACCAGAACCUGCCGACAUACAGCCUGGGUCAGAGCAUUUUGAGGAGGCCAGGGCGUCUCUGCUGUACUCCUUCACCCAGCGCUACAGCGAGCACACCGUCUCCUGCUUCGUGUCGGACGGGGAUCCUCCGGAGGAAGAUCUGCAGGCCCAGCCGGCGUGGAGCUCCUUCAACACGCUCUACCUGCAGCUGCAGUGUCCCACUGUACAGCCCCCUCUGGUGGUCACAUCCAACAACGGGCAUAAGAGCAUAGACUUCCAUCAGGUGGCAGUGGGAGAAAAAGUGGUCAAGAGGUUUACAGUCCAGAACAUUUCAAAGGAAUCUUUGGAUCUGAGGUCGUCAGUGCUGGAUGUCCAUGGUCCUUUUUCCCUCCUGAAUGCUCUCAGAUGCAUCAGACCUGGGGAAACACACACUCUGGUGCUGGCCUUCAGUCCAUCUCUGGAGAAAAAGUUCAGUGAGACUCUGGAGGUGCGUUGCCAGAAGAUGACCCUUGAGAUGACUCUUCGUGGGGAGGGGGUGCUCCCCGCUGUCACCUGCUCUCACCCUGGAGGUCUCCUGGACCUUGGCUAUGUGCUGGAGAAGGAGAGCACCUCGCACGUCCUGAAGAUGCAGAACAGCUCGGCGGUGGCAGUUGUCUUCAGGGUGCAGCUGGCCAGCCUCUGCCCCUCCAGGCCUCCGGGGGGAGCUGAUGGUGUAGCCUCACUGCUGAGGGGUUACUCAGGCUCUCAGCUCCAGCCUACUGUGGGAACUCAGAACCUUAGCGGGCUGAGUGUGUUCAGCGUUCUGCCAGCAGAGGGCAGCAUCGCUCCAGGACAGAGUCAGGACCUCAUGGUCAGCUUCCAGCCGGACCACCCGUCUGUCUGCUACUCUGACAGGAUGACCGUAGAGCUCAGGAAUAAGAGUGUAGUGUGUGUGUUGGAUCUGAGGGGGGCAGCCUCUUCACACAACAUGUAUCUGUGUGGAGGAGACCCUCUGACGGUGCCCAUCGAAUCCCUCCUCCCUCCACUGAUCACCGCUCAACCUCAAAUCACAGGUCAGAGGUGAUGGAGAAGCCCGCACCAUCCCUGUGCUGGU